CGUUUCCCAACAAGGCAUUAUGCUCGGACGCCAAGCGGACGCCCUCUCCCAAAUGGCUGUGGCUCAGCAGGACCUUUUUCGCCGCCUGGACGGUAUGACUCAAACCUUACAUGAACUUUCUAACCGUUUUUCCCAGGCUUCGUCCGCCACUGCUUAUGUUCCCGCCAAUCCCUCACCUUCCACUUCCGGAUCACCGUCCGCCCCCGAAAAUGUACGACUCCAACCGAAACCAUUCUUCGGGGAUAUGGAAGCCUGCGGGGGGUUUUUGCUGCAGUGCCAGUUGAUAUGUCAACAAGCUCCCAGACCGACCACAGAACUGGAUCUGGAAGUGCCUUCGGUCCAACACCACCUACAGCGUUGCCAGCGCAUUUGGACUCAGACGAAGGCCACCCUCCUCCGCACCAAGGAGGGCAACUGCCAGAUCGCCAACCGUCGCAGAGUGGUGGGACCCGACUACCAACCCGCAUCAGAACUGGCCGCUGAAGCUUUCCCUGGACCGGUCAUCCCAAACGGGAGCAGAGACGUCCCUCGUGGCAAUUACCUUACGGUGGAAGGGAUGAAGGAUGUCCAGAGCGAUCCAUCUCCACGUUUCACCUCCUCCACCGUCAUGCUGACGGGUUUGCCUCAAGGGAACUUGACGCACCGGGACGUCGCCCAGCUGGUCUGGCCUUUUCUCCCCCAACAGACUCUACGCUGUUUGUUCUACAACGUGACGGUCCUCCCCCUGCAGAGACGUUUGACCAUCUCCACAUCCAUGGAAACAAAAGCGUCUUUCUAG